UUUCAUAUUCACUGCAUUUCUUUUCAGAAGACGUCCAGUGAGAAAAUGGCAAUGAAAAAUGCAACGUUGCUGACUGGGUUUUUCCUCACUGGACUCCCAUAUCAACCAGAGUGGCAAAUCCUCCUGUUUCUGUUGUUCUUGACAGUAUACCUCAUCACCAUGGUGGGAAACCUGGGUCUGAUUACUCUCAUCAGGAAUGACUCUCACCUUCACAUACCCAUGUAUUUUUUCCUUGGGAAUUUAGCAUUUGUAGAUACUUGGUUAUCAUCUACUGUGACACCAAAAAUGCUGGUGAACAUAAUACACAAAGACAAGAUGAUAACUUUCUCUGAAUGCAUGAUACAAUUUUUCUGUCUUGCAAUCUGUGUAACAGUAGAAUGUUUUCUCUUGGCAGCAAUGGCUUAUGAUCGCUAUGUAGCUAUAUGCAAACCUUUACUUUACCCAGUGAUUAUGACCAAUAGACUAUGUUUCCAGCUAUUAGUUUUAUCAUUUGUAGGUGGCUUUCUUCAUGCCUUAAUUCAUGAAAGUUUUUUAUUCAGAUUAAUCUUCUGUAAUUCCAAUAUAAUACAUCACUUUUAUUGUGAUGUCUUACCAUUGUUUAAGAUUUCUUGUACAGACCCUACUCUUAAUUAUCUCCUUGUUUUCAUUUUCUCUGGUUCAAUACAAGUAUUUAGCAUUAUGACUAUUCUUCUUUCUUAUACAUUUGUUCUCUUUACUAUUUUGCAAAAGAAGUCUGAAAAGGGUGCAAGCAAAGCCUUCUCCACCUGUGGAGCCCAUCUCUUUUCUGUGUCUCUGUACUAUGCUCCUCUUCUCUUCAUGUAUGUGCAUCCAGCAUCUUCAGAAGCAAAUGAUUGGGAUAUGAUCUUCUCUCUAUUUUACACUGUCAUAAUGCCUGUGUUAAAUCCAUUUAUCUACUCCCUGAGAAACAAGCAAGUCAUCAAUUCACUAAGAAUGGAGUUGAAGACACAUACUUAG